AUGAUCCGCUACCGCAACCUAACAGCGCUGAAGCGCGAUCUGAUCGUAACUCUCUGCCCUAGAACCCUUAAUAACAACCAUGUCGCCGAAGCCACCUCCGAGGACGCUGCAUGCGUUGUUCCUGUGUCACUGGCAUCAGAUACACACGACGUGGAAGCUACGUCCUGCCGAACACCUAUACCGGAAACUUUCUUUGUCACGCCAACUUUUGUUGCUGCGCCAGACAAGGGAUGA